UGAAUUAUAUUAUGUACACACAAAAAGAUGGUGCUGGAACAGACGUGCUGCCGCGCUGUGUUGAGCUAUCGGCACAACCACCAACUUUAAGCUAUCCCAUGAGAUGCACUUAAGCCUUUCCAAGCUUCGUUCCAUCAGCGUUGCAUUCCAAGCUCAACACAGCAUCCGAUCCUUGGAGGUUUGGUACCCAGAGACCUAAGGUGCCAAACAUCGUUACCUAGGAAGGAGAAGAGGACUUAGCCACGGUCUGCAACAAGCUACUGAGGAAGACACUCAAUCUGUUAUUCGUUUGAGCCACUCAAGUCAAAAAAGGAGAAGUUGCAGAUUAUCAGGAUCGUGGAACCCAGACGGCAGCUGUCUUGGACGGAAAAAGAGAUUUCGGCGGAAAACUCUUUAUAUUAACUGGAAAAAACCUUGAUCCGUCCCCAGAUUUAUCAUCAUGGCCACCAGCCCAUCAUGGAAGAGACUUAAUUCCCAAGACUCCCCGGGAGGGAUCAAACCGUUCCGUCCAGCCAACCAUCAACUAAACAGGGCAGCCAGCUUUCCUCCACAAAAUGGAGCAUCCUUUCGAGAAACGGGAAUGGUUGAGAAAAUGCUAGGUUCCUAUGGUUUUAUCACGUGUUGUGACCGAGAUGGCCGUCUAUUUUUCCACGGAAGUCACUACGACGGAAAUAUGGAGAACCUCAAAGUUGGAGACCCAGUAGAGUUUGAGACUGUCCCUGACUGCCGCACUGGCAAACCCAUUGCUAGCAAGAUCAUCAAACUUAGCCCUGGCACUGUCUCCAACGAAGUCAUCUCAGAAGAGAUGUUAACGGGCCUUGUGGUGCUUGAAGCUAAACCAAGCAAGCAAAAAACACCGGCUGGUUGCCCAAUAACUGCCGAAUAUGGACGAGUAGCCUACGAAAUGAACGGCGAAAGCUUCUUUCUUGCCUACGGGAUGGAGGACAUGUACGACAAAGGACGUCCUCUCAAAAAAGGAGACAAAGUCUCUUUUUUUCUUGCCACUGACAAACGGAACGGCAACGUGCAAGCUCGGAGGAUCCGGAUGGUGGAGCCAGUUCAGGUGCCGAAAUAUCAAGGAGUCGUCUGCUCUAUGAAAGAGUCAUUUGGAUUCAUCGAGAGAGCUGAUGUCGUCAAAGAGAUUUUCUUUCAUUACAGUAGCUUUACAGGAGAUAUCAAUGACCUUCUACUAGGAGACGACGUGGAGUUUGAAGUUGGACAUAGAAAUGACAAGGAGGUUGCUGUCAACAUCAAGAAGCUGGCGACUGGCACCGUCAUCUUUGAGGACAUCAGCGAGAAAUUGGAGGAAGGCACCCUCUCCAAAACCAUCCCUCGCUUCACGACCAAGAAAAGUAACGACCCGUUCCCCGGCAAACUCAUCUACGUCCUCGAUGACGGAGGCAAACGUGAGUUAUCCUUCGGAGAUAAAGACCUUUUGAAUUCUUACACUCUAUGCGUCGGCGACAUAGUCAAGUUUAACAUUGCCACCGACAAACGAGAUCACCUACAGAGAGCCACCAACCUGGAACUUUCAGAGAAGACUUUCAAAGAAAAGGAAGCAACUGAAGUCAGAGAAACGGGUAUCGUUGCUGCUGUCAAGGAUGGGUUUGGCUUCAUCAAGUGUGUGGAUAGAGAUGCCAGGAUGUUCUUUCACUUCAAUGAGAUGCUUCACUCUGGUGACAUCCACAUAUCUGACGAAGUGGAAUUCUCUGUAAUGACAGAUCCCACCCAACCCCAGCGUCAGAUUGCCACUCGGAUUAAGAAGCUGCCCAAAGGCACAGUCACAUUCCAGAUAGUCCUAACCAAACGCCUGAAAGGAUUAGUGGACAAGCUGCCUGAUAACCUGUGGGGGCGCAGUCCAGGUAAAAAUCGUGACCAUACUCCAGAGCUGGGCAGCAUCAGUUACCGAGACAACGGAGCUGCCAAGGUCAUCAAAUUUCAUGCCAAAGACACCGAUGUACGCAUCCCUCCGGACCUGGGUGACGAGGUGGAGUUCAACAUAGCUGAGGUGAAGCGGGACGGGUCUCGUCUGGCUGUGUCCAUCGUGGUGCUGAACCGUAGCGCCAAGACCAGCAGGCGAGGUCACAUCGCCGUCUUGAAGGAGAGCUUUGGCUUUAUAGAAACAGAAGAUCACGACCACGAAGUCUUCUUUCACUACAGUGAAUUUUCGGGUGACGUGAAUGAAAUUGAAGUCGGAGACGAAGUGAGCUACUCUCUGAUCCGCAAAGGACCAAAAAUCAGUGCUGAGGAGGUCACCAGGCUACCUAAAGGAACCAUCCCUUCUAUGACCAAGAAACCGGGACUUCUCCAAGGCAAAGUCAUCCGUCCCUUGAGGAACAUUGACCCUCAGCAAGCCGAGUAUAACGGGCUCAUCAAAGUCAUCAAGGAAGAUGACAGUGAGGGUGCCGUCUACCCAUAUUGCAUCAUCAGCCUGUCGGACAAGCAUGAUUUCUUACAGAAAGGAGACCCAGUGCAGUUUCAGCUGGGUUCAUCAUCUGAUAACGGCAAGGAGUGGGCAUGCAGUGUGGUCACCAUCAGGAAGAUCCUACGCACUCACGUGGACUGCAUCAAAGGACAUUUUGGCUUCUUGAACUAUGACCCCGGAGAUGGCAAGAAGCUGUUCUUUCACAUGAGCGAGGUGCAGGAUGGUUUUGACUUACACCCGGGUGACGAGGUGGAAUUCGUGCUGAUUCAGAACCAGCAAAAUGGCCGACACAGUGCAAUCAACAUUCGUCGACUCAGUGAAAUCCAACGGCCAGGACAUCUCAGCCGUCUCAAGAGUACACCAAGUGAGGAAAAAGGCCCUCGCAUGAUAGUUACGAGGACACCCAGAGGCCCAGAUGGCACCAAGGGGUUCAACCUGGCACGCACAAUCCAAAAUGGAAACAACGAGAAGGAAAUCUAAAAA